UCAGCUGCUUGUACGCCUUUCAAAGGUCCGAGACCUGUGAAUGGAAAGGACAUACAAAAUAAUAAUAUUGAACUUUAUACUUUCAUUUAACACGUGACUGCCUAUUCAUAAAAUAUACAAAUAAAUACCUUUCCAUAAAGUGUAAACGGUAUAUUAGUCACGUAAAAGCUGACGAAUAUAUUGCCACUAAUGAGACUUCCCAAAUGUGGUAAUACCAUAACUCGCUUCUACAGUUCAGUAGUGGACGCCUCAUUAGAUAUUGUGCACAAUUUUACAACAACGUUAUAUAAGUGCUCGCAAUGUGUAUAAGGAAGAUAGACUUGUGUUUAAUUAUACGCCUAUUGUCAUAGGUAAUAAGAUGUUGUUUUAUCCUAGAUCAUGUUUAGUUAGAUCACUUGUUGGUUACUAUGUGUAUUCAAUGUGCAACCGUAAUUUUCACUAAUUAUCCUUGUCGUCACGUGUUAAAAAAUGGAGUGUAAAAAUAUAAGUUCCAAAAUAAUAAUAUUGUCAAUAAUUGUGACCGUUUUGUGUGUUGUCCAACCGACAAUCGGUUUUGAUAUACCAGUAAAAAAUCGUUUAAAAGUAAAAGUGAAUAAGUGUUGUCUGUCAAAAGAACAUGUGGGAAAAGGGAAGACAUGUAGUUCCAGCGGCAAAAUGCCCAGUUUGUUGGACAUACCCGUAUAUAAUAACGAGAAACUUAAGAAAUCAGGGAAGUCGGUUAAAGAUGUGUUCGAACUAGUACCUAAUAGAGUAUUCCUAAUAGAUAGAAAGAAGGAUUUUCAAGGGAACGCUCUCAGACUUACACUGUAUGGUUACAAGGGAUAUCUACGUGUGGACGGAACUCUUCUAGUGGACGCUCCUAACAGAUACAACCGUUGGAUAGAAAUACCCCCAAGCAACUACUGUGUAGACUUCUUACAAGGAACAAAUUCAAACAAGUUCACGUUGGAUUUUUGGGUGCUCUUCCCUCCGAAAACGAAUUCACAAAUCAACAUUCUAUUUACUAUAGCAACCCUGAUAUCCUGCUUCUUUAUGCUUCUGUUCCUGAUAGUCUACCUCUUCCUACCAGAACUCCGGGAUGAGAAGGGUUACAUCCAAAUGGCGUAUGUUGCCAGUCAGCUAAUGGCGUUCCUGCUUCUAUCUAUUGUUCAACUAUCAGAAUUAUCUGCACAAGAAUGUGUUGGCUUAACUCUGGGCACCUACUUUUUCUUCUUGUCAACUUUCUGUUGGUUAAAUGUCCUGUCUUUCGAUAUCUGGUGGCAUUUCAGAAAUCUCGCAAAGAACCGCCAAUCUCGUCGGAAGAAAUCGUUUAAGUUUACAUUUUACUGCUUGUAUGCUCUGGGGCUACCACUUGUGAUGACGUUUGCACUGGGUAUGCUUAACUGGUACAGCGAAAAUAUGAAACGGUAUCCGUGGAUCGUGAUACCCCAUAUACCUGCAGAUGGUUGUUUUCUCCAAGAUUCUGUAAAAAUGCUGUACCUAUACACACCGAUGAUGAUAAUAAUCGUCAUCAAUUGGACAUUCUACAUGUUAACUGUGUUCAACAUUUGGCGUUGGAAGAGGGGAACUCAAGUAUUAGACGGAGUCAAUGACCUAAGUCAUCGCACUGAUUUUAGAAGUUUCACAAUCUACGUAAAGUUAUCAGUUGUGAUGGGACUAAAUUGGCUUUUGGAGAUAAUAAGUUUCUACUAUCCUAACAACAAAUGGUACAACAUAACUGAUGUAUACAAUAUACUAACGGGAUUGACGAUAUUUAUCAUAUUUAUAUGCAAAAAGCAUGUUUGGAUUAAACUACAGAAAAGAUGCAACGAAUUGAGAACGCGAAACAAAAGAGGAGGAUUCUCGAAGGCCCAAGAAGUUAGACUUGCCCAAGAAGUUAGCUUGUGAAGGCUCCUGAUUGUACAUGUGAAACUAUCAAUACAAAACCAUCAAAGUCAAAGUCAAAGUCAAAGUCAAAAUCAUUUAUUUCAAAUAGACCAGGAAGGCACUUUUGAACGUCAAAGCAAAUAUAAUAAUAUUAAUAACGUCUGUCUGUCGGUCAGUCCUCUAGUGAAGCUAUUUGCUCGUUCCAAAGUGUAGAUUCCUAUGGAGAAGAACGAGCAAGAAACUCCAUAGGUUACUCUUUUCAAUCAGAUUUACAAUACAAUUCUUGGUUACAUUGUUUCGAUUACUUCAACUAUGUGAGAACAAUGUAAAACUAAUAUACAGUCGAAGCGACAGAAAAAGAAAAUAACCUA